AUGGUGGGCGUGUGUCCGUUGAUGCUACUGAACCCGGGUUGCCGUGAAGAAUGUCUGGCUGAUGCCGACUGCCCGUCAUUUUCGAAAUGCUGUAAGGCCAGCUGUGGAACACGAUGUGUCGAACCGACGAUCACCAGUUCUUGUCUUCACCGACUCAACGCAUUCAUUCGAGAAUGGCCGCUUCUGCCGCCGCCGGUACAGUGCGAACCUGAUGGAACGUUUCGGGAAAUUCAAUGCGACUUCAAAACGAGGCAAUGUUGGUGCGUGGACAGCUCUGGUGUGGAAUUGGUUGGUACGAGAACGAACAACAAUCAAGACAUCCCUUUGUGCAAGCGACCAAAGAUCUGCAGUGUUUCCUGCGAGCAGUCUUCAUGCGAUUACGGUAUCCAAGUCGAUGCAAAUGGAUGUCCAACUAAUGGAGUGUGUUUGUGCAAAAAUCCAUGUGAUGAUCUUGCUUGUCCGUCUCACAAAGCCUGUGCUCUUGUCUCAGUUCAAUGUGAUCGUGAUCCAUGUCCAGCAAUACCAAAAUGUAUUACAUCACCAUGUGAUUCGAAUCACAUGGCCAGAGACCUCUACGGGAACGCAUUCUCGUGUCGCAGCGAUGGCUGCCCUCGUGGCGACUGUGUGACGGGUGUUGGUGAGGACGUCGGCAUCUGCUGCCAGGUACCUCAAACCACUGAGAUACCUGCUCAUGUCAAAGCAAAAUCAAACUGCGUUCUGUACCGAAAUGCCAUUGAGGAACUUCGACGACAAGGAGUUCACGACGUUCACCAGCCCAAUUGCGAUCAGAAAACUGGCCUCUUUCUGCGAAUCCAGUGUGAGAAAACCGGGACGUGUUGGUGUGUAGAUGUGGAGACCGGUAGACCAGUUCCAGGAACACGUCGACCCAUCUCUGUUGGUCAGAACCUCCUCGGAACUGUCCAGUUCAGUGCCCGCGAUCGAUGUGUCCCUAUGGCCCUGUGCUGGAUCAGGACGCGUGUCCGUUCUCAGAUUGUCGUUGCUUUUCCCCAUGUGACAAAGUUACCUGCAGAGCAAACG